AUGAGCCUCAACAUCGCCCUGUCUUCCCCUUUCGGGAUCGUAUCCGUUGCGAACCGCGCCUUCUCUCUCGAGCGUUUCCAGUGCAUUGAGGGCCGUUCCGCGCCUCGCGGAUUCUAUCCGGCGGCCGUUUCUUCCGCGAAUCACGGGAUUCGCGGCACGUCGGCGCCGGGCCUUCCGAAGGGAACUCGGCCGCUUCGUCUUCCUCGCCGAGUUUCACGGCGGAGAGCUCCGAGCGGCGGCGGCGGCGGCGGCGCGAUGCAUAUUGCCAACGCCGGUCUGCGGCGCGAGCCCGGAGCUACCAACAACAACGGGGAUGGGAACGAGCAUCCGGACGGCCACGCGAAAGUCGACUCGCCCACCAUGGGGCGGGCAGAGGGGCGUGAUAAGCCUAUCAGAGGGGCUGACGAUAACCGCACCGAGAAUAACCGCACCGAGGACAACCGCACGAUAAACGUUAGGACCGGAGGGCGGGUGCUGACCCCCGAGGAGCACUGGCGGCGCUACCGGCCGCAGCUGGCGACGCGGUACGGGCACUGGCGAUUCUGGUUACCAGCGCAGGGGCGAGAGGCGAAGCUGUCGCUGGAGCUGCUGCGUGAAAUCACACCCGUGGAGGUGGAGAGCGGUGCAGAGGAGUACGUGCUGCGGCACAACUGUCCCAAAAGGGGCAUGCGCGCAAGCCAUCAGCAGCCGGCUCUCUAUCAAGCUCACCCUCUCUCUGUCUCCUCCCGCACCGCACAGCACGAGCAGUUCAAGCGGUGGGGGGACUUACCAAGCAAGGUGGCGAGGGCGCAUGGCCCUUCUCCUGUGGGGCCCACACCAGUCUACAGGGAGAAGGGAGGGCCACGCUUGCUGCACGCGAAAUCCCCUUCACAGCAGGAGCGAUUCAAGCGAGAGCGACUUCCCAGCCUAGUUCAACUGGAAAGAGGACUUAUGGUGGCAGAAGGCGCAUGGUUGUCCUCCUGUGAAGCAGCUGGGCGACUACCCAUCUCCUUCCCCUCACCCCUCUCUCUCCACGCACGGCUAUCCACCCAUCUCCUUCCCCUCACCCCUCUCUCUCCACCCCCUCUCCUUCACUCUCACUCUCUCCUCCGCUCCAUCCCUGCACAGCACGAGCAGUUCAACCGGCGGGGGGACUUCCCAGCCAAGGUGGCGGAGGGCGCGUGGCCCUUCUCCUGUGCGCGCGCCAGCCAUGCCAACGGCAUCGCCCUGCCCUAUGGCAUCUACAGCCAUGGCGCACGCGUGCUCUGUGCUGGGGGGGACGAGGAGCGGGAAGGAGGGGAGGCGGGGGAGGGGGAUGAGGUGAAUGGGGGCGGGGCUGUGGUGAUGGCGCAGCUCCAGGGCAACAUGGGAGGGGGGUCGGUGCGGCGUGCAGUGCUACUCACAGCCAACGUGUGCUUCAUGGACGGCCCCAGCGCACAGCUCAACGUGGCCUUUUCGGAAGCUUCCUUGUCGCUGAGGCAAGACGACACUGUCCUACCAACAGACAUGCACAACAAGUCCCACACUAGUGGCAGUGCCGCCAGCUACCAAGCUACUGACGGAACCACAAGCCCUUCCAGCCAAUCCCUGCAUGACACGUGGGCCAGCCCUCACUGGAAGACUCCUCUACCGACCCACCUGCCUGCCUCCCUCCCCUCUCUCCCUCCCAAGCCUCUCUAUGGAGUUCCCCACUACAUCUAUGCUGACCUCUAUGCUACACCUCUUCCUGAGCACCCCAACAAGAGGCUGGAAACCCAGAACAUGGAGGUAUUUUCAGGGUACUUGGCAGGGAUACCCGAGGCCCAGCAAAACAAGUAUGGUGUUUGGGCACUGCCUAGGGGCGUGGUGGUGGCUAUGCCGUCCCCCUUAGAGCCAAUGCUCAGCCGCGAGGGGGGAGGAGUAGGGGAGGAGUUUUGGCUGGUUGUGACGUAUGUGAGGGGGGGAGGGGAAGGGGUGCAGGGUGGUGGUGGUGAUGGAAUUCGUGAGGAGCGAGGAGGGGAGGAAUUGGGUGUAGGUGAAGGAGAGGAGGACCUGAGGGAUGGGCUUGAGGAUACAGGGUACAUGGCAGAAGGAGAGUGGAAGGUGCAGCAGGUGGUGAUAGCGUAUGAUGCACAGGGGCAGUUUGAGUAUGUGAAGCACACCAGGUUCAUGUGA